UGGUGGUGGGGGGGUUUGAACCUGUGGCAGGUGUGUUGUGUGUCAUGCCUACGAGACUGGAGGAAGCCAUGGAGUGUGGAGCAGGUGACCACGUCAAAGUGAAGACUCACUACGACGGGGAUAUUCUCAUCUCAGACCUUGAUGCUGCAAUCAGUUAUGAUGGGUUGUGCUCCGAAGUAAGAAACAUGUGCAGUUUACAGCAGAAUCAACCUCUUACAUUGAAAUGGAUUGACAAUGAAGGGGACCCAUGCACUGUUUCAUCCCAGAUGGAGCUGGAGGAGGCAUUUCGUCUCUACAGCCGGAAUGGCGCGUCGGGCCUCAUCAUUCAUGUGUUCCCCAGCAUUCCGGAGAAGCCAGGCAUGUCUUGUCCAGGAGAGGACAAAUCAAUCUACCGCCGUGGGGCUAGAAGAUGGCGGAAGCUCUAUCGUGUGAAUGGACAUCUCUUCCAGGCCAAACGAUUUAACAGGAGGGCCUACUGUGGACACUGCAGUGAAAGGAUAUGGGGUCUAGGGAGGCAGGGCUACAAGUGUAUCAACUGCAAAUUGUUGGUCCAUAAGCGCUGUCACAAGCUUGUUCCUCUGUCCUGCCAAAGGCAUAUGGAUCCGGUCAUGCCUUCCCCCGAACCUCCAAUAGACAAAACGGAGGAAGUUGAAAUCCCUUCAGAAGACCCUGAUGGAAUAGUGCCGUAUCUGCCACACAGCCGGACUAAGUUGGAUAAAGUCACAGAUGACUCGGAGGAUCUCAAGCCGGUGGUUGAUGGUGUUGAUGGAAUCAAGAUUUCCCCAGUGCUGGGUUUACCAGACUUUGACCUUAUCCGAGUCAUCGGGCGUGGCAGCUACGCUAAAGUUCUCCUUGUACGCUUGAAGAAAAACGACUGUAUUUAUGCAAUGAAGGUGGUGAAGAAGGAACUUGUUCACGAUGACGAGGAUAUUGACUGGGUGCAGACAGAAAAACAUGUGUUUGAGCAGGCUUGCAGUAACCCCUUUCUUGUCGGUCUUCAUUCUUGUUUCCAAACAGAAAGCAGGCUGUUUCUUGUUAUAGAAUACGUCAAUGGUGGCGACCUCAUGUUUCAUAUGCAACGGCAGAGGAAGCUUUCUGAGGAACAUGCCAGGUUUUAUGCUGCUGAAAUUUGUAUUGCUCUGAACUUUCUUCAUGAGAGAGGAAUCAUAUACAGAGACUUGAAACUGGACAACGUUCUCUUAGACUCUGACGGUCACAUCAAGUUAACAGAUUAUGGAAUGUGCAAGGAAGGACUUGGCCCUGGUGACACUACUAGCACUUUCUGUGGCACACCCAACUACAUAGCUCCUGAGAUACUGAGAGGAGAAGAAUACGGCUUCAGUGUGGACUGGUGGGCACUUGGAGUGUUGAUGUUCGAAAUGAUGGCUGGAAGAUCACCGUUUGACAUUAUCACAGACAAUCCAGACAUGAACACAGAGGAUUACCUGUUUCAAGUUAUUCUGGAGAAGCCUAUUCGUAUCCCCAGAUCCCUUUCAGUAAAAGCAGCCAGUGUUCUGAAGGGAUUUUUAAAUAAGGACCCUAAAGAGCGACUUGGGUGCCACUUGCAGACAGGAUUUGCAGACAUCCAGUCUCACACUUUCUUCCGCAGCAUAGACUGGGAUCUGCUGGAGAAGAAGCAGGUGACUCCUCACUUCAAACCACAAAUCACCGAUGACUACGGUUUGGAAAACUUCGAUACACAGUUUACAAGUGAACCUGUUCAGCUCACACCAGAUGAUGAAGAUGUAAUAAAAAGAAUCGACCAAUCUGAAUUUGAGGGAUUUGAAUAUAUUAACCCAUUGUUGGUGUCAUCAGAGGAAAGCGUAUGAAACCGAGCAGCAAUUGAGAAGUGGACCCAUUUUGCCCGUUUGUCAAAGGACAGGCUCAGUAAACUUCGGAUUCCGAGCUCGACUCCCUGGAGUUUGGUAACUUCCUCCCCACCACCCCCCACCCCCCUCCUAACCUACCUGCAUGCAAGGUUGUGGAUCUGGUUCAAGUUUUCCAAGAGUAUUGCAAACCAUGGCAACUGCUGCUAAGCAACAUAAACGAAGGUCAUUUCAGUGGUCGUCUUCCACUAACAACCACAGGUUCUCUCAUUAUUUCCUGGGCAUCGAUUCAACUGGCAUUUUGUUACUGAAGGGAAGACUGCCUGAUCUGUGCCUGCUUCCAUGAAGGAACGCUCCUUCCAUUCCCUCAAGACAAGGAAUUAUAUGAUGGUUUCUCCGAAGGAACUUGAAGACGCUGCACUUUUCUCUCUCUUUAUAAAUAGAUAUUAAGAGGUCCGACCUCGAGAGAAAGAAUGUACUGUACUAUAUUAUUUAAAAAGAAGUAGUGGUGUGGGUGACUGCACCUCAACCUGUGAUUGCCUUUCGACAACUGGCUAAUGUGAUUAAAAACCACUGGCUCUAAACUGUACAUAAGCAAUAAUGAACAAGAUUGUGUGCUUUAUUGGUCAAUAAUGUGCACUAGGAUUAAUCUAGAUGCCACACAGCUGAGAGGUCUAAUCCAGGAAUAUUUCACUGGCCAAUUAUUCACACCUUCUCGUUAAUUACUGCUAUAUUAUAUAAUGCCAUGGAACAGCUGGUCUUUGGGGAGAAAUAUCUGUAUGUAUCAAUGCAGCGUGACACAGCUAGGUGUGUGUUAACCAAUCGGCCCUCUCACCCAGGUUUGCACUGCAUAUUGCAAUUAAGCCACAUCAUAAUACUCUGGUACAUUUUCACAUGCUUUUCAUUGGAAUAAUAAUGCCAUGAUUGUGGUCUAGUGUUGUACCUUGGGGCUGCAGAGGAAUUCAAAAUAUAACCAUAACUAUUCCUCCCUUAGACAAAAUGUGUGUAAUGAUUGAGAUGGUUACUCUGCAUAUUGAUGCUUCAACACUAAAUUGGUAGAUAUUGUAGUUUGAAAGCAUUAGUUAAAUGGGGUUGACUAUGUUUGAACCCUGUAGAGUUAUCGCAGGUAAAGUCACUGACGGGCACAUUGACAGGGAGCCUGUACUGAACACUUUAGACACCAAAUCUAACUAACCAGCAGAGGGGAACGUAUUCAUUUUUGAAGCAGGACCCUCUUCAGAAGCCAUAAUGUGACAGAUGAUUUUUUUUGUUUCUUACAGCUUUAUUAGUUUAUUUAAAAAGAAACGUACAUCUUUCUGUUCAGCCUGAAACCCAGAAAUUCAGCAACACCGCAUCUGGAUUCCAUGGUCAGUUUUGGAGGCAAUUGGGUAUCCAGUGAAUGUGCCAUCAGUUAGAUUGCAGUUAUUCAGAGUUGGUCCAACGAUUCUAGACGUGAGGAAGGAUGGGUGGUGGGGUCACUGGUGCAGAGACUGUGGGAGGGAUAAGGAGAGACUGCUCGGAUGUACUCCCCAUUCUUCCAUACUUCACUUGGAAAUGGUGUGAUCUGGUGCAUUGUAUCAGAGAAAAGCUAACUUGCGUCAGAGGGAAAAAAUGUUAGUCUAACAUCCAUUGUUCUCCCACCCCCAGCACUCUGGAAAAACUGACUGAAAUAGCUCGGCAAUAGCUGCUUUUGUUGUAAUUGGUAAAUACCCAGUUAGCCCAAGCUCUCUGCACUAACCAUAAAACAGCGUAAACAAUUACUGCAGGUUGAUUUAUGAAUCCCGCUGGAAAUGCAGAAUCCAAACUUUGGCUUUAUUUUAUUGUGGGCUGGAGCCAGAUUUCUCAUUCGCUGACUCUUUAACCCUCCCACCCCACAGUGCUGAUGUAAAUGCUUGCAAUGCUGAGUUUUCCGGUGGUUGUAAAAUGAUCUCUGAAUGUAAUGUUGUUUUUGUCUGUUACAGAUUGCCUCCUCCUCCCCCCUCUCCCCAUUGUGGUAACAUUCCUAUUGGACAGCAUCCAUUUGAUUCACAAAUUGCUGCACAAUUGUUGAAUGUUAUUUAUGUCAAAAAAAAACUAGGCGUGCAGGGAGGAACCUUCUCCUGCAGUACUGUGGCAGUUUGUACAGACCUGUAUGAGAUUUGUCUUGAUAUGUGAGGGGCGUGGGUGGGGGGUGGGGGUUGUAAUGCAAAGUUAAACCUCAGCACUUUUUUAAUUCAAACCAUCCAUGGCAUUAUAUAAUGGCCAGUAAUGCGUAACUCUUAGCCAGUCAGAUUUUUACCAUCUGAACUGCGGCAAUACCAAGUGUAAACGGCUGCCAACUAUGGGGGUCUAUCUAUGAACUGAAGUAUAAAGCAGUGGUCUCCCUUUCUGUUGCCAAAUACGCCGCCGUUCGGAAGCUCGUUCCUCUCCAGUUUUGCUGUAUGUGUGAGAUGUGUCGUUCCCCCAUUCUCUCCCCCCGCCCCCCCACCCCCAACUUAGUUGAUUUAUCAUGACUGGUGCGAAGGGGGAACAAUUUUAUAUUUUAACUAUUCCAUUUUUUUAAAUUCAGAACAAAUUAUGAAGGUUGUUAUUUCAAUGUGCGAUUUAAAACAGAAUAACUUUCCUGAGGUCAGGCCAAAUGGAUGUACGGUCUCCCAGGCAGACAGAGCAGAGUUUAGAAAUGCGACACUGUAACUGUGUUCAAUCAGGGGCAAAUGCUGGGAAAUAGUGUUGGAUUUAAUCGUUCCUUUUUCUAAAAAAAAAUUAUUAUUGUAAGUAUAAACGAGAACAAAGAGAAGCACAGAGUCGCAAACCAUUAGGACUCCACGUUUCAAAUUCAAACCUUUUAUAUAUACUGUACGUGUAUAUGCACACACACCACACAGAGAGAGAAACAAACAAGAGGCAGAAUUGCUGAAUACAGAACGAUUCUGGUGCUCGUGACUUUGAUGUAAUGACCAGCCCACAGCAGGCCCAUCUGUCAGUGUGGAAACUCGAGCUAACCACUCAAGAAAGAUGUACUGAUAAAGUGCGCCCAAUCUUUCUGUAUAAUUUCUUUUUUUUUAAAAAAAAUGCAAAGCCAGGAAUCCCACAAACUCAGAUUUACGAAAAAGGCAAUGUACAAAUUAAUUAAAUUUCUCCUUUUUUUAAAAAAAACUUUUUUUCCUUUCCUCGCUCGCUCCUCUUUGUACCUUUGCUGCUCAUCCAGCCAAGUCAGAUUUCAGCCCCUAGAGACAUCUCAACAAGAACCUGCAACGUUUACCUAUUGCUACCUUUCCCAAAAUGCAAAUUAAUAGGAUAAUACGACCCUACAAUUUGGGUCUUCAAGAGCGCUCCGAUACUGCCCCGUGUGAAGGCGCUAUAUAAAUGCAAGUUGUUAUUAUGAUAUCUACUCAUUUGGACAGAGAACCAUGUGUUGGUUAACAAAUCCUAAGCAAUGCAGUGUUGCAAUCAUUACUUCUAUUUCAGCUUCCCUGACCAUAGUAGAAAGGCUCUUUUUUUCUCUUUUCCCUUAAAAAAAAGUGUCUGGUUGCCAAAGAAUAGAUGUGAUUGUUGAUUUUGACAGUCAGAUGUGCAAAUCAAUUUCUAAAUUAGCAAUACAGACCUCCAGCUGAGCUUACUCCCUCUCCUAGCUCAGGUUCUCUCAUGGUAAGUAGAAGCUCACUUUUAUAUUAAAAAAAUUGGUCCAUUGAUGAUUUUAGGGCAUUUUUGGGUCACUCUCCCCCCGCCCAGCUGCCCACAACGUGCCUGCUUCCAUUUUUUUUAUUAAAUAGUCUGAACUAGCUGGUCAGUAUUUCACUGUUUUUCAGCUGUUUUCUAAUCCUAAGCAAUGCACAGCUGUUUUCUUGUGCCAUUUAAGACACGUAGACUCCACUACGCUACCGUAAUUUAGCAAAAAAACGACUAGUAUUUAACUCAUUUAGGAUUUUUAAAAAAGGAGAUGGGUGGGGAGGGGGGAGGGUGUAGAGGCGAGGGACAUGCGGCCUAAUCUGCCCCCGAUAUUCUACACCUCUUUUACUAGUUGUUGCAUUUAAUUUCAUUAAGUUAUUAAACUAUUUGCACAUCAGGAGAAAAAAACCUAAUUGCUGGUCUUUUCACGUCACAUGUACAGUACCUUUGAGUGAAAACUAGUGUUUCAAGACCGUGCCUGUGGACGAUUAUUAUCAGUUUGGUCUGACCUGUCGGGGUCUAAUGAGGCUCUGGUGCGGGUGUACAGUGAUCUAACUUUGAUCAGUCCUUAAUGAGAAAUUAGAGCUAAUUUAAUGAUUGUAAAAUAGUGAAAUGUUCAUUGUAGUUAUUUUGUAUAUGACAGUUGAUUUAUGGGUGUGAAUUGUAUUGUUCUUGCCUAUUCUCAUAAAAAAUGCUAAUUUCAAAAAUCA